AUGCUCCUAGGCGAUGGUGAGGCCGUGGGGCGCGCGGGUGACGGCGCCCAUGGCGACGGCGUCGAUGGGGCGACGAGGCCUGGGGAGGCCGGCGGGGAUGAGGCGAGGCGCGACGGGGCGGCGCAGGUGGGGGUCCGCGAGUGCCUGGCAACGGCGGAGCGCCGGGGAAGGCAGAGGGCGCCGGGCGCUGAGGUGGUUGCCCCGAUCCAGAAGGGGAUCGGGGAGUGGGGAGGGAGCGAGGGGAGGGGAGAAUCGGGGAGGGAGAAGUGGGAGGGGAACAAAUCGGGGAAAUCAAAGGUCACGAGGAGGAAGAAGCGAAAAGAGAAAGACUCAGAGACAGAAGAAGACACAGAUUCAGAUACAGAAGAAGAGGAAGAUUCAAAAAAAGCAACGAAGAAAAAAUCGGGGAAAUCAAAUAGCACAAGGAGGAAGAAGCAAAAAGAAGAGACAGAGUCAGAUACAGAAGAAGAGACAGAGGCAGAUACAGAAGAAGAGACAGAGGCAGAUACAGAAGAAGAGGAAGAUUCAGGUACACAAGAAGAGGAAGAUUCAGAUGCAGAAGAAGAGGGAGAUUCAGAUGCAGAAGAAGAGGGAGAUUCAGAUGCGGAAGAAGAGGAAGAUUCAUAUGCAGAAGAUGGUGGGCUGAGGAGGGCUAGGAAGAGACCAUUGGAGGUUGCAGAAGAGGAUUGCGCAAAACCAAACAAGUGGGCAUCAGCACAAUUGAAACGCAAGGGCGCUCCAAAUGUCAAUGCUGGGAGGAAGAAAAAGAAUGAUGACAAGGGUGCGCGAGGAAAACCAGUGAAGAAAGACUCUAGGAAGGGCGGUAAAGAACAGGCCAAAGGGGUGAUGAAGACAAAAAGGCCUGAUAGGAAUGUACCACAGGCUGAGCGAAUAAGAGCUGUCAAGUUAGCUUCUAUAGCUAUGACGAGAAAAUCAGUGAAGAAAGCUAUAGUGAAGUAG